CACUUCAACUACAACAGCAAAUAGUCACAUAUAUAGUUGCAGUUGGAUGAUCAAAAUAUUGGAGGAGAUCAGUUAGAAUGAGCUACUCGGUGAGCAAGUUAUCACAAGGACUGGUAGUCCCCGCCGAGGCAACGCCUGGCGGUAGACUAGCCCUCUCGGACCUUGAUCAGACCCCUCUGCUACGGUGUCUGGUGCCAUCGUUGCACUUAUUCAAGCACGGACCUUGGGACGCUGCCAAAGUUAUUAGGACAGCGUUGUCCAAGGCCCUGGUCUUCUACUACCCUCUGGCUGGAAAGCUCGUGGAGGAUGAUGAGACUGGAGAGUUACACGUGGACUGCACCGGCAACGGAGUCUGGUUCAUCGAGGCCUCUGCGAAUUGCAGCUUGGAAGACGUGAAUUACUUGGAACACCCCUUCUCCAUCUCCAUUCAAGCUCUACUCCCUGACUCACGUCCUCACAUAAACCUCGAAGAUCACAUCAUACUCAUCCAGGUGACGCAAUUCACUUGCGGUGGCUUUGUCAUCGGCAUACGAUUCUCACACACGAUUGCCGAUGGCAAAGGUGCGGCGCAGUUCUUUCAUGCGGUGGCCGAGCUGGCAAGAGGCAUGGAACGGCCGUCGAUCAUACCGGUCUGGUCUAGAGAGUUCGUCAAGAGGCGGAUUGCCAGAGCACCUGCAGCAGGAGCACCAUCAAACUCACCUUCGAAGCGGCUAGAAUAUAUGAUCAUCGACGUGCCAACCGAGCACAUCAACAAGCUGAAACAGGACUACCUGGAUGAGACGAGCAAACCAUGCUCCACCUUCGACGUCCUCAUCGCCACCGUGUGGCAGCGCCGCACCCGAGCCAUCUGCUUACCACCGGAUGCUCUCACUAAGCUUAGUUUCGCAGCCAACUUCCUUCACCUCUUAACUCCCGCACUACCCGCUGAAGGGGGUUACUAUGGCAACUGCUUCUACGUACUCAAAGCCAAGGCACCGAGCGAGAUGGUCGCUAAUGCGUCUAUUGUGGAACUAGUGAAGAUCAUCAAGGAAACCAAAGGGAAGCUGGCGGAGGGGUUUGCAAAGUGGGUGAAAGGAGAAGAUGAUGAUGAUGAGGGUGAUAGUGACUGCUAUGACACGCUGAACGCUACGGACUGGAGGCAUUUGGGAUUCAACGACGUGGACUAUGGAUGGGGAAAGGCAGCGCGCAUAGUGCCAUUUGAGCACACAGACUUCAUGCCCUUCUGUGUCCUUGGUCUGCCACCGGCCAAAGAGAACAGCGUCCGACUCAUGACUUACUGUGUCCUCAAUGAACAUUACGCUGCGUUUCGUGAUCAGAUGAUCAGCCUGGCAUGAACUAUUAAUUAAUACCUACGACUUUUAUAUAUGCUCCUAUAGCUAAGCUACCUAUUUGUGUAAUUUUAUCUAGUAUAAAAAUAAAUAAGUCAUGAUUAAUUUGAAGACUGCUCAGUUUAAUUAA